AUGGCACCCAAUGUGGCCCUGGGUGCUGUCCUUGGAGGCCCAUCUGAUCACACAGGCCAGACCUCUGCCAAGUACACCACCUUGGAUCAAAGCCGCUGCCGCCCUGGCUCUGCCCUGGAGCACAUGGAGCUGAGGCUGGACACCAGCUACAAGGAGAAUGUGCCUUCCAGGUUCAUAGCCCCCGGGCGCCAGGCACAGAGAUUCCUGACGAGCCUGGGUGUUGGCCUAGGCAGUGGGCAUGGCCGUCGGGUGCCCAUGUACCAGGUUGGGAGGGGAGGGGCUGCUGCCACACCCUCCCCAGGAGCAGUGCUGCACCAGGAGCCCUGCAUCGUCCAGACCAUGACCAGCCCAGGCCUCAGCCUGGAGGACAAGACUGGCCGGAGGGUCACCUCAAGCUUCGUGCAGCAGAGCAACCUGCCGCCCUGGGCUAGGAGGCCUCACUGGAGGGCCUCUGCAGGCCUCAGUUCUCAAGAUGGGUGUCCAUGGGCAGACCCCAGAUCCUGGUAUGCCCUGGGCCAGUGGGCCUCCAGGCCCAUGGGUAAGCCCCUUACCCUGGAAGACCUGGCUGUCCUUACCCAGAGCCAGACUCAGGCCCCAUCCCAUGCUGAUGUCCACCAGUUGCUGGCCUCCAUGCAACAUCUGGAGCAUGAGGCAGCCCAACUCAGGUGCUGGGCAUCCUAGGAACCCUUGGGCCCUGUGCAGCAGAAGCCUAUGGCCAGUGGAGGCCAGACAGUCCCUGCCUGCCCCCAGGCCAGCCAGCCUGCUCCUGCUUGCUGGGAUGAGAGGCAGAGAUGCCCCAGAAGUCUCAGGAAAAAGACGCAAGGAGACCAGCUGGCAGCUGGCAGUGGCAUUAUACAGAUGACAGCUGUCGCAAAAGGGCCUAUGGACCCUUUGGUGGGCUUGCGCCUCCAGAAGGUACAGCUCGAAGAGAUGUGGAGGGGGCACACAAAAAGCCUACUGGCCUGGAGUUUCCAAGAGUGGAGAGAGAUGGCUGUGCAGCAGAAGCAGGAGCGGCUCCACAUCCAAGCUGUGCCAGGGUCCCCUGCCUCUGGGGAAGUCGGGGACCAGAUCUUCCUCCUGUGGUGUCAUCACAAAGCGUUGGCCAGGCAGGAGAAGGGAGCCCGUCGAAGCUGCCUGGGCCCACUGAGGACUCAGAGGGUGGGGCAGCCCCCUCAGGCUGGGCGUGCUCACACUGCAGCCUCAGCUGGAGCGGCCCCACUGGAGACCCAGCAACAGAGAGCCUGGCUCUGCAGAUGUUUUGGGGCCUGGCAGCAGUUUGUGCAAAGAGGGGCCUGGUGCCAGGACCACCUGGCUGACCACCAGGUGGGGACCUUGAACACGUGCCUGCAACAGUGGGUGCAGAUGAAACAGCUCUGGGCCUCAGAUGGGGUGAAGGUGACCCAGCUGUCCCUCUGCCGGCAGAAGGCAGAGCCACUGGAUGGUGUCCUGGGAAGAGAGGCCUUGCUGGGCUGCAGCAUGCCCUGCAGCUCCCUGGAGAGGGCUCCCAGGAACCCCGCCCUCGUGGAGACCAUCUGGGUGACCUUUCUGUGGGCAGCUGGGUGGUAGAAGCAGGAGCAGACCCUUCCACUCUGGCAGGCACAGGCCCAGCAGGCCUGGGGUGCAGCAAAGUGGUACCAGAGCACCCUCCAGAGGCGCAUCCUGCUUAGCUGGAAGCACUGGACAAAGGCCCAAGGGGCCUGGAGAGAGCUGGCAGCCCGCUGGGCCUGGGCGCAGAGCUGCAGGGCUAUACUGGGCCUGUGGCAGGAGCGGGGCUGGAGACUGGCAUGAGACGCCUUUCACCACUGGCACUCCUGUUGGCAGAGGCAUCUGGUCCUGCAUGAAAAGUACCAGGUGUGGGUCCAGGUCCGUCUGCAGGACCUACUGAGGGCUGUGUUCCAGUGCUGGCAGCAGGCAGCAGCUCACUGUAGACACGUGGUGACCAGGCCAGAGCAGCUCCUACUGCAGAGGUGCUUCCAGGCCCGGCAGGGGCUUGUGAGAGAGGCUGGGGUGCUCCAGGCCCAGCACCAAACCUUCCAGGACAAGAGGGGACAGACAAAAGGGGUGCUGGGGGCCACAUUUGCCAAAUUGCGGGAAGCCCUAGUAGUUGCAGCCCAGGAGCAGCGUGAGGCCCAGGUCUUCAUUGCUCACUGGAGCAGGGCCAUGCAGCAGGGCCGGGCAGAAGAGAAUGUCCAGGCCCAGGCCAGGGUGGCCCUAUGCUGGACGCUGUGGGUAUGUGAGUCCCACCUGUGCCAGGCCAGCCAAGCCCAUGCUGCCUGCAAGCUGAGUGUCAGGCCCCAGAGCCUGGGCUGCCCAGACCAAUGUACCACCACUACCUCAGCGGCCACAGAGGAACGCCCUAGACUCCGGUUGAGCUCUCCCCCUGGAGACAAGGCCCGAAGUGUAGGGGGAAGUGGUUCCCAGCCCUCAAAGGCCUCCUUGCAUGCUGUCCAGUUCUGGCUGCAGGGGCCUAUCUGCGGUCAUCGGGCCCAGGGCCUGCCCUUCUCGACAGCACCCAGCAGGCCCCUACAGGACUGGGCAGAGACUGUAGCUCAGAGCAGAGCCCUCAAAUGCACUGUAGAAGCACAUCAGAGGCUGCUCAGGCAGCAGCACGAGAUGGGUGUGGGGGACGUGGUGGUGGCGGGUCCUGCAGCUGUGGGUAGCUCAGUGAUUCCUGAAACAAGACAGCAGCAUCCUUUCCUGGGUGCUGGGCAGUACGGCCCCACCCCACUUCACCCCGUCAACCAUGCCAGUGCCACGCAGUGCUAUUUCUGA